CCUUGUCGUUCACAGUACAGUGCUGUGGACAGCAACCCCCUCUCUCUGUACGUCAUGCAUCCCUUCUGGAACACAAUAGUGAAGAUCUUCCCUACCUGGCUGGCCCCAAAUUUGAUAACGUUUUCUGGCUUCCUGCUGCUUGUCUUCAACUUCUUCCUCAUGGCAUACUUCGACCCUGACUUUUAUGCUUCUGCUCCUGAUCACCAGCAUGUUCCAAAUGGAGUGUGGGUCGUUGUGGGGCUCCUCAACUUCAUCGCCUAUACGUUAGAUGGUGUUGAUGGGAAACAGGCUCGCCGGACCAACUCCAGCACGCCCCUGGGAGAGCUCUUUGAUCACGGCCUGGACAGCUGGGCAUGUGUAUACUUUGUUGUGACAGUCUACUCCACCUUUGGGCGUGGCUCUACGGGUGUCAGUGUCUUCGUUCUCUACCUCCUCUUAUGGGUGGUCUUGUUUUCAUUCAUCCUCUCCCACUGGGAGAAGUAUAACACAGGGAUCCUCUUCCUGCCCUGGGGAUAUGACAUCAGCCAGGUGACCAUUUCAAUUGUCUACAUAGUGACGGCCAUUGUGGGAGUUGAGGCUUGGUAUGCACCUUUCCUGUUUAAUUUCUUAUAUAGAGACCUAUUCACUGCAAUGAUUAUUGCUUGCGCGCUCACUGUGACGCUGCCCAUGAGCCUGUAUAACUUCUACAAGGCCUAUAAAAACAACAGCUUGAAGCACCACUCUGUGUAUGAAAUCAUGCUGCCACUGGCGUCCCCAGUGUUGCUGUUCCUGCUCUGCACCACGUGGAUCUUUGUGUCCCCGACAGACAUCCUGGAGGUCCAUCCCAGGCUCUUCUAUUUCAUGGUUGGAACAGCCUUUGCUAACAUUUCUUGCCAACUGAUCGUCUGUCAGAUGAGCAGCACGCGCUGCCAGCCUCUCAACUGGAUGCUGCUCCCCAUAUCUGGGGUGCUCUUCGUGGUGGUGUCUGGGUUUGCCCCCAACAGCGAAACGCUUCUUCUCUACUUGUUAACAGCUUUCCUCACCCUGGCACACAUCCACUACGGAGUGGUCGUGGUGAGCCAGCUGAGCAGGCACUUCAAUAUACGGCCCUUCUCGCUGAAGAAGCCCACGCCAGAUUGACUAGGACUGGAGGAAGAGAAAAUCGGCUUGCGGGCUGCAGAAGUACUGUAAAUAACUGCUGCAAAUACCUGUAAAUACUUCAACCAUCACCACAGAUCUAAACUUAUCCUCUGGACAGACAUCGGGGCAAAGUACGCACGGUAUCCGGUGCAGCCAGGGCAGGACUGGUACGGGGCAGCCCCCGCUGCUGUUCCGCGAGCACAAGCUUUCGGUUUCGGGUGGAAGUGGACGAGGAGAGCAGCCUUGCAGGUCGCUAUUACUGUAUAUUAGACCAGCUGAAUGUUCCUGGUGAAACCUCAAACUUCAGCUCUUGCUCCGGUAAAGCCUGGUGGGGAUGCAAAUGGCUUUACCUGAGCAAAGCAUCUCGACCUGUCACCAGAACAGAACCGCUGAUUUCUGCAAGGUGAAGGGAACAUCGUGGGGGUCGGGGGGGUCCUGUCUGUCCCUCAUCCUUCUAGAGAGCCCUUGUCCCGGGCUGGGACUUUGGGAGCGGAUGGUGACAGUUCCUCCACGUUCUGUCCUGCCUUCCUGCAUUCACCUACUUGGGCAAAUACUUAUUUUUUUUUUUUUUUUUUUUUUUUUUUUUUUUUUAAAGGAGUGUGGGAGGAGAAAAAGAACAACACUCAAAACUAGUAAUAUUCUCCUUGGGGUGGGCUUAGAAAAUCAGGGCUCAAUUUCCUGUAAAAGUGAGAAGGUGGCUUCUGCCUCCCCUGCUCGAGCUGUGGCUACCCGGGGCCGCAUCUCGAGCCUGUUGCUGUCCGCGCGCGUGGGAGCGGGGUCCGGCCUGCGCUCGGCAGCAGAACGAGGCUUACACCAGCCUAACGCCGAGCCCAGCAGGAACUCGCUGUUCCAGGUCGGCUCUGCUGGGUCACGCCGUGCUCCUGCGCCCCGUGGCUGGGCUUAGCCGGCACUCGGCCGCCCGGGGCUCGGAGAAGCACCUUACGGAGAGUUGGCUUGGUCGUGUGUGCAACCCCAGAAAGCUCACAGGCGUGUGUGGGGGGGGGUCCUUUCCAGAUAUCACUUCAUUUUUCCAAAACCAUCAUCCCCAGCGGCUGCUUGUCUCAUCCAGGGAUCUAUUUGUUUACUGUCUGUAAAAGACAUGUUUGCAUUGAAUUUUUUUUUUUUUCUUGUUUCACAAUUGAGUUAGAGUGGGGUGGUGAAGACUGAAUGCUGAUUUUCUUUUCUGUUUACUUUAUUUAAUGAAGACCUGUGCUUGAAUGAAGAGUGUAGCUUAAACCCAGGCUCUGGAAAGGCUGCAUCCGGAAGCGAACAAGCACAGCAGAUUGUGCAUAUGUAAUUACCAUGGGAACAAAGUCGCUUUUACACUGAUUAUUGUGCAACGUGGUUCGUAGAAGCUCGGUCACAGCGUUUUCCUUCUGCAGGUGAAGACUCCUCCUGCCUUAGGAAACCUUCAGACUGUAACUACUAUUUAAACGCUUUUUCUUUUGUAAAUUUGAAUCCUUGUCAUGCAGACUAUGAGGCUUGAAAUCCUGAGGCAAGCUCAGGCCUUCCCUGGGUGCCAUGUCAGGGGGGUUUUGGUUUUUAUUUUUGGUCACGGUACGCCCCCGGAGGAGCGAGCUGGCACCGGGGCUGACAUCCUCGGCUGACCGUCUGUGUGCUGGCAUGUCUGGAACCCCCAGCCUCUGGGGAAGGGUGGCUCACCUGGGAGAGGGGGCAAAUGGUUUUCAGAGUUUAUUUAAUAAAGUAGCUUACUCCUAUCUUAUUAUACUGACAUUGUACAGAGGAAAAAAAACAACAAACCACACCUAAGUGUACAAAUGAAUUGGGUUGCGCUUGAAUUUUUGACUCUUGCUAUUUAAUGAAAUAUAAUAAUUAUGAAGGGAGAUAAAUUUAAGUCAUGAUCGCACAAGAACUACAGGGAAUCUUAAAAUGGGGCACAACUACCUGUGGGAUGUGUUCAGAUAGCAAAAUCAUGCUAGCAGUGCUGACAGAAAGCGGAGGUUGGGUGAUUUACUUUCCAGUUCUGCGUGUUUGCAGAACCAGGGAAUGCCCGAGGUGUUCCCGUGGGCUUUCAGCUGAGCUCAGGGGGCCCAAGCCUGGAGCUUGCCUUGUCCUGUCUCCUCCCGCUAGCACUGCUGGGCCCCGAGGACUCAGGCGGUGCUGGUGUUGUGAGUUGUCUGACUUUAAAUCGUAGGAUGUCGCUUUGUCUCAGUAAUACACUGUCUGUCUGUCGUCUCGCCCAGCCGUGAGCUGCUGAGCUUUUGCAGCACGUCAUAAACCCUGAAAAAGCCGCCUGUGAGGUGACAAACUUGUGGAACCCGGGCUUCCUCUCUAAAAUCCCGCCAGUGUUUGUCGUGCUGUAGGAGAAACAUCUCUCAAAAACUGGAACCACUUCUUAUCUGCAACAGGCUUUAUCUUUGGAGAGUCUUGGAUUUUUGGUGCCUUAAUUUAUUGCACCUUGAAGCUAGAAAAAAUAUCUCCUGAAAUCAGUGCUGGCAAACAGUCUUGCCGGUCUCUGGCACUGCCAGGCUUGUGGCAGAGCGAGGAGGGAGCAGGCCUGCUCUCGGGGCACGUGUGACCCUGCCCGACUCGUGCUGCUGCUGCAAAGCUGUUUGGGCUCGUAAAGAUUAAGUGAUUUCUGCUCCCCAAUUCUGGGAGGGGAAUGGAAACAAAAGACAGAUCGAACUGUCUUGCCCUGGUGGGGUUGUGGCAUGCUGAGAAAUGAACCAUUUAGUCAUAAUCAUGGGUUUAAGUCUUAAGAAUAAAGGUAUUUCUUGCUAACAGCAGCCGAGGGUGGCCGUAUUCCAGGGGUGGCGGCGGGGCCAGACUCUGUCCCUGCGCUGGGACCUGCUCCUCGGGAUGGGGCUGGCUCCUUGGUGCCCUCGCUCCUCACCUCCUUCCAGAGCUGAUCUGCCUCGUCUCUUCUUCCAGGGACAGCGUUCAUCAUCUUUUCUUAAUUACUGAUGGACCCGCCGAGUUGAUAAUAGGACUGGCUUAUGCUUUCUUAAACCUGUUUUGCACAUUUUCUCUCAAUACAGAGUAUGACCAGGAAAAAA